GGGCAGCGGUGGCAAACGUUUGGUUGCAUUUUUGGUGAUGAAAUCAUGGGAAACGUGAGGAGUUGUUCAACAGUAUUUCUAUCUACUUCCACAUACACAGCAACCGUGCGUGAAGCGGCAGAACGGCCAAAUUUUCUCCUCGGUAUUUCUAAAUCUGAGAAUCCUACUUUAACUUUCACUCGCAUUUAGAGGUUAAAGGAGACGAAGACAUUUGGUUCCAGGGAGAGAGAGAGGUUGACAGUGCUCAAUUCAGCUCCUUCUCGUCGUCUGUACUUAAAAAGGACGCGUUCUGCUCUCCCGCAGUCACAGCAAGUCAAAGUUCAAACCCAUCACAGAGGAGAAAGUCCGGUCUGGUGUGUGUGUAUAUAUAUGUAAAAUUUCCACCAAUCUUCCCUCACCUAGAGCUCGCUGUAGCCUCAUAACUACGUUCAAAGUGUGGUGCGGGCGCUGAAUAUUUACGAGAUGGAAAAGUGAAGAAGGCUGUGCAGAGCACUGCAAAGUACUCUCUUUAAAACCAAAUUGAGUUUUCAUAACCGUGCAACUUUUCUAACUUAUUUGCGUGCGCCUUCUCCACCUUAAAACAGGCAGCAGAAAAAUAAAGCAUCUCCGUCUGGAUAUUUGGCGGCACACCUUUAUUUCUUAAUUCUACUUUAUUUUCGACGGCUGCUAUUUUGGUCGGAAGAAAUAAUUUUAUCUGGCAAAUGAGUGAGCGUAAAUGAGGUACCCACUGCAGUUUGUGUCUUAGCAGGUCUCUUAGAAAGCAGAAUCUAUCUGUUUCAAGAAGUGGGAAGGAAGGUGGUCCAUUUGAAGAGAAAUGGGAGCAAACUAUUUUCUAGCCUGCAAACCUCUUAUCCAAAAUGUAACAGAGUGAAAGUGGAGGGGACUUGAGUGCACAAUCGAAAUUGUUGUUGGGCUUAAACUUUUUAUCUGGAGUACAAAAUAGCACACUGUAGAGUGUGUACGUACGAUAUCCUCCUUGUCCCCAGGGAAGAUAAGUGUGAUAACAGAUCAAAUUCUCCUCAUAUCAGACUUUCUCAAGUUUCCCGUUUUAAGAACUGUUAAACUUCCUGGUGUCGAUAUAUUUUCACUUCUUCUUCAGAUCCUUGGCUUAAUGGACACAAACUUAAAAAAUUAAUUUACUAAUAGGGGUGUAAGCAUUUACUAAAGUUGUGUCACUGAUCUGCGCAUUUCUAGUGAUUUGUUGCAAACUAGAAAGACUUUUGGGUCAAACCAUCACCGAGACCGUUAUUCUACCCAAAAUUAUUGUGCUGAGUUGCAGAAAACUUUGGUAGAAUCGUCGAGACCAUCCAGGAAUAUUUACAACGGAAGUGAUAAAUCAUUCUGAGACAAUGUCUCAAUUAGAUUAGAUUCUCCUCGUCUUUAAAGCUGAGCGAUAACUGACUAUUUCUGAGUGGGGAAAGGACAUCCAUAAAUGGACAAAGAGAUUCCUAGCACGACUCAGAAAUCCCGGAUUACUUUUAUAAGCUUUUAAAGUGUUAGCUUGUCAGGGGUUGACUUGUCUAUUGGCCGUGUUAUGAGAAUAAGUACAUAAGUGAUCCGGGACCAGAGGGCAGAAACCUUCAAACCUAAAUAAUUCUGUUGGAUUUGUCGGAAGAAGAUUACCGACCCAAACGGUAUGUUGAAGAGCAAUAAAAUGCUAAUAUUCCUACGUCAAGGCAAGCUGUCGGAUUAAACGCAGUAGUUCCUCUUCAACCUUGCCAUCAAAUAGCCUCUUAAGUGCUCACAUCAGCACCACCGCCAUUACCAUACCUUUCACCUUCACGUAAAACGGAAGGAUUUACGCAUGAGAGGAUGUGAAAGUUUAAAAUGUGAGAAUUUUAAAUCACCGCAAUUCACAAUCUUGUCGAACAAUCCUAGAGUUGAGAUAUUGUAUUUCUCUAUUACGCUCACAAAACUCACUUUUCUCAUCAAAAAGUGAAAGAAGCACGAGGCAUUGAAGUCAUUAUACGAGAAAGGAAAGCGGAUUUAAAUCAGAGUGUAAUUGGAUUCCGGAAUAGCAUUGCUAAUAGAAAAGUUCAUCGAAUAAAGAGGAUAUAUCACCAGCUCAUUUGAACCACUGGAGAUCAAAGCAGGACCAGCAAACAACUGCUUUGGGCCCCAAACCAUUGCGAAUGGAACGGAAAGAAUAACUGGACCGGAUUUCUCUGUCCUUGUUGUUGAACGACCAGUCAGUCUCUCUCUGGGCAGAUUCAUUCAUUCUCAUUCCAAGUCCUGGUUGAAAAUACACACACACAUAAAGCUUUAGUUAUAAGCAGUUGAAGCCAGAAAUUACCAAACCCAUGAUUUGUCGUCGCCAAAUCUUGGCACCAGAGCUGUAUUGCAAGGAUUGUGGACAGUGACAAAGGGAACAUAGGAAACCGCUUCCGAUUGAAAACAACUCCAUUUUUCUUCUGAUCCAAUUCUGUGUAGCCCGCAGAACCAGCAGUCUUGCACCAAAACCAACCCAAAUCACCAGACCGACGAUUACCCCACAAACAGAAAAGUCUGAAACGACUUUGCUUUGUCUCUCGAAUAGUCAACUCUCAUUUUUUGGUACUUAAAUCUUCGUGCUCCAGUAUUUGCUCUCCUACCACCACUUGCACUUUCUCCCACCGCUCCAAGCAGUUGACGCAACUUGGGGAAAGUCUGCAUUGAUUUGUGUGUUUAUAGGACUAUCAAAUUAAGUUACAAGUUUUCACUUCAUAAAGUACUUACCGCAAACUCCUUUGGAACUCGGGGAAUUUAUAUUCAAAAACACUACUAUAGAAUUCUAUAAUCAUCAUUAUAUAAUCAUCAACGAGCGAAACGUGAAGAUUGUCUUUUUAGUCUGACACGUCCAUUCGAAUCUUUAGUAUUUUACGAAAUUACCCUGAAAACUAGAUACUUUCUAAAAUUUCACCUUAUUUUACCAAAGAUCUGUUUUGCGUAGAGACUCUAAAAAGUACAUAUUUAGUAAAAAAACGGAAGAAAAAUGGUCUUGGAGGUAUUAGUGAGUGUCUCCCACUUUGCAGCGACAACCCCUGCGAUAGUUGUGGUUUGCUUGGGAGCCGGUCUCUUCUUGGUCGGGAUUCUUGCAGUCACGUCAUUCUUCUUCCGCCGAAAAUCGACCGUUGUGUACCGAAAGAGUGGAGUCUAUCUCACCAAUCGGUCUCCGAUCGCUGAGGAAAUUCCACUGAAAUCAAAUCAAAUAAUCAUCCGCCGAAAAUCGGACGUCACGACAUGUGGAGCCAGAACGCCGCACUUGGUGAUGAAAAAGAGCCCCAGCCCACCCCUUCACUAUGCUGCAUCCUCCUCCAAGAGCGGAUCUCCAAUCACUCCUCCCACCGAAGAAAUUGGGGGAGGAGGUGGAUGCCGGAAAAUCAAUCGGAACGCUAUCGCCAUUCACACGAAUCCCAUUUGCAACACGGCGACAUAUUGCGAGGUGCAUGGAAGCACAAAAUGCACUCACAGCAGUGCUACGAAUAUGAAAUCUUCGAAUCACUUGGUGAAAAGGGAAAAUUCGAGGUCUCCUCGCACCUCACCUCAGAUUUCACCAUCGACAUCAACCCCGGCUAAUUUGGGUUCGCAUGAAACUAUUUCCCUUGGUCCGAAGAAUGUAAACUCCAACUAUACGACUGAUUUCAUUCCUGAGUCCGAUGCUGAUGCCAAUCCCGUUGACUUAAUGCAGUCUUUAACGGCAACAACAGAAACUGGGAUUUCGCCACCAUCGGGAGUAAUGGGAAGUCGGGAUAUCACAUCGCUGGAAUCCAUGGCUGGACCGUCAAGCAGCGAGAAAACCGGUGGAGGACAAAACCAUCUUGGAAUACUUCACUUCAAAAUCCGAUACAUGGAUAAAAAAGGGACACUGGUGGUGACAGUUGUGAAAUGUGAAGGACUUUCUCCGCUUUCUCCGGAGAAAGACCAGGACACGCUGGAUCCUUACGUGAAAUUGCAAUUGUUACCCGAGAAGCAACAGCGCGUAAAGACUCGAGUUUUGCGACACACCCGGCAGCCGAUCUACGAUGAGGAUUUUACUUUCUACGGCGUACAACCCAAUCAGCUCACGGAAAUGACACUACACUUUGUAGUUCUCAGCUUUGACCGGUACUCCCGUGAUGAUGUAAUUGGCGAAGUGUUUUAUCCCAUGGAAGGAACAGACGUUUCCAAUACUGAAAACUCGGCAAUUGAAGUAGCUGUUGACAUUCAACCCAGGAACUACAAGAUGCAGACCCAGGGCCGUGGAGAAGUUCUGCUUUCACUGUGUUACCAGCCAACAGCAAAUCGACUGACAGUGGUGGUUUUGAAGGCACGAAAUCUUCCCAAAAUGGACGUGUCAGGGCUGGCAGAUCCCUACGCAAAGUUGUACCUACUCUACGAUGGACAGAGGUUGAUGAAAAAGAAGACUCAUGUUAAGAAACGGACGCUGAAUCCGGUAUUCAACGAGUCAUUCGUGUUUGACUUGCCACCUGCAGCCACACAAAGCACUAAUUUGGACAAAGUCUCUCUCCUAGUUUCAGUGCUCGAUUGGGAUCGAGUUACCAAGAAUGAGGUAAUUGGCAGACUGGAACUUGGAAGCGGAGCGUCGACUCCUACGUCUACCCAUCACUGGAGCGAAGUUCUCAAUUGCCCAAGGCGUCAAAUUGCGGAUUGGCACCGCCUGCAGCCGUGAACACAUGUAAAGGGGGCUUCACUUUUCGAUGACGCAGCUUUUCUUCACCAAACUAACUGGGCACUUGAAGGACUUUGGGAUUAGUUUUUUUAGAUGAGCUGAAUUAUACAAACAAAAAAAUACUAUGCUAUUAUCCUAAUGUACAUAUUUAAACCGGCGAGCAAUUCCACCUUCAUAUUACGUAUAUUGAGCAAAUCAUAUUUAAGUAUUUAUUACACGAUCUCAUUUGCAGUUUGUAUUUAUGAUUUCAGCUUUGGAAGGUCAACUUAUAUACAAGUGUACCAGUUUAGUUUAUUCUGAAUAAUUUAUAAAACUAGAACAAUCAAAAGUUCUGCUCCCUAGAUGUCUAAAUUUCCUAAAAUAUGCUAGAGUUCUGACUAUUACAUAAUGUAUUGCAUAAGCGAGCAUUUGCGUCUUCAUUUUUGGUGCACAAUUUCUUACUGUAAAGUCAUUUAAAAGUUAUUAAGUUGUACGUAGUUGAUCAACAAGGUAUCCGCACCAGUCUUAAAUUUUAAAAUGAAUUGCAUUGCAUAUUGAUACAAUUAAAAAUGCUCGAACAUUAAAACCCAUUAAUGUAAAAGGCACUUCCCCUUUCACACCAGAUUAUGCGCUAAUUAUCAAAAAACUAACCACUAGAAGUAGUCUUCUAUGCAGAGGAAAUAGCAGUAAAAAAAACAAAAUUGAACAAAAUUAUAUAUUAUGCAAAUAAAUAAAUACAGACAUAGUGAAUGAUGGGAGAAUUGGGACUUCCAAGUUGGAAGUUGUUGAAAAUAACAUAUUUUAUGCUUUCUGUAUAUAAAACAAUAAAGUAUUUGCUUUGGUCAAACAUA